AUGGCAAAGGUUCAGGUGAACAACGUCGUGGUGCUGGAUAACCCCUCGCCUUUCUACAACCCCUUCCAGUUCGAGAUCACCUUCGAGUGCAUAGAGGACCUCUCCGAAGAUUUGGAAUGGAAAAUCAUUUAUGUGGGCUCAGCAGAAAGUGAGGAAUACGAUCAAGUUUUAGAUUCAGUUUUAGUAGGCCCCGUUCCUGCAGGAAGACACAUGUUUGUAUUUCAGGCAGAUGCUCCUAAUCCAGGACUUAUUCCUGAUGCAGAUGCUGUAGGUGUAACAGUUGUCUUAAUUACGUGCACUUACAGAGGUCAAGAAUUUAUCAGAGUUGGGUAUUAUGUAAACAAUGAAUAUACUGAAACAGAAUUGAGAGAAAACCCUCCAGUAAAGCCAGACUUUUCUAAGCUCCAGAGGAAUAUUUUGGCAUCUAAUCCCAGAGUUACAAGAUUCCAUAUUAACUGGGAGGACAACACUGAAAAACUGACAGAUGCCGAGAGCAGUAACCCAAACCUCCAAUCACUCCUUUCUACAGAUGCCCUGCCUUCUGCCUCAAAAGGGUGGCCAACAUCUGAAAACUCUCUAAACGUCAUGUUGGAAUCUCAUAUGGACUGCAUGUGACCUUCUGCGCCAUGUUAUAUGUUGAGCUCUAAACACACACAGUACACAGAACACAACCAUCACGGAAACCUCUUUUUGGAAUUACUUAUUAAACAAAUGUGAAAGUCGUUUAAAGAACACACACCCUGUAGAAAGUUUAUAAGGAAAAGUAUUUGAGUGGAUGUAUAAAUAA